AUGGCACUGCUGAGAAGGUUGUCGCCUGCGGAGAGGGCGAGCGGCACGGACCGCAGCGACAACCCACUGCUGAAGGAACCACGGAGCCCCUUAGGGCCACGGCUGCUGAACCGCGACGAAGUUCCCUCGUGGUAUGGCCAUAAUCCAUACAUACGAACGAAUUAUAGGCCAGUGACACCGUCAACGUCUCGGUGCCUUAGCAGCCUGCUGUACCUUCACAAUGAGACUGUGAAUGUUUACUCCCAUCUCAUCCCGGCUAUCGUAACUUCGCUGGGCAAUGGGCUUCUUUAUUUUUAUUUCACAGCAUCUUUUCCGGAUGCUACCGGAGUCGAUCAGCUUGUUUUUCAUAUCUAUUUGACAACUUCGGUCGUUUGUUUUGGUGUCUCGUCUGCAUACCAUACUUUUCUUUGCCAUUCUGCCCCUUUCAGUGCUUUAUGGGGUCGCUUGGAUUAUGUUGCUAUUGUAUUCCAGAUUCUUGGUUCUUUUGUCUCCGGGAUAUAUAUGGGAUUCUACUGUGAACCACAUCUGCAAAAGCUUUAUUGGUCAAUGAUUGGCACUCUUGGCUUCUUGACUGGGUUUGUCGUGGUGCAUCCCCGACUUCAGAGCCAAAAGUGGAGACUAUUGCGAUUAUCAACAUUCGUCGCGACGGGACUUUCGGCAUUUGCGCCUAUCAUCCACGCUGCUAGUAUCUUCCCCUACGACCAGCUGGAUCAACAGGCUGGAUUGCGAUAUUACUACCUUGAAGGGCUAGUCAUCGUGAUCGGAGUCUUGUUUUACGCGGAUUCCGAUUACUACACUCUGACCAAAGAUUGGGAGCCUGAGGACUUUCAGUCUGAAACCACAUCUAUCGCCUCGACAAUCGCGAAGGGUCGGUUGGAAAAUGGCAGACGAUACCAGGCUAUGAAGGAAGAUGACUAUUGGAGUCCUUCCGAUGACCAGCAAUUCGAGGCUUUCGAAAUUGGUCAUAUGGUUUUUCUCGUGCUAGACCAUGACCGAGAGAACCCCCUCCACCACUCUCCCAUCGGCAAAUCUCCUAAGCACAUUCUGGACAUUGGCACUGCAACCGUCCGUGGCGUCGACAUCUUCCCCCCUCCGGUGACAUGGAUGCCACCGAACUGCGUACUCGAAGUAGACGAUGUCCUCCGCGAGUGGACCUGGAGAGAACCAUUCGACUUCAUCCACAUGCGUCUACUGCUAGGAGCAUUCACACCCGAGGGAUGGGAUCAAGUGUACAAACAGUGCUACGACGCUCUUACCCCCGGCGGCUGGAUCGAACAAAUGGAACUAGACGUGCGAGUGUACAGCGACGACGGCACCCUGAAAGAAGGCGGCGUUCUAGCCACAUGGGGCGAUAACUUCAUCGGCUGCUCCGAGCGGGCUGGUCACUCCCUCCUAACGCAGGAGACAAUGCGGGGCGCAAUGGAGAAGGCCGGGUUUGUCGACGUGCAGGAAAGGUUAUACAAGAUUCCUUUGGGGCCGUGGCCGAAGGAUAAGAUUCUCAAGGAGGUUGGACAGCUCCAAUAUGCCCACUGGGUUGCUGCACUGGAGGGCUGGGCUAUGUGGCUGCUCACUAAGUUUGGUGCGCCUUCGCCUUGGAGUAAAGAGGAGGUUCAGGUUUAUCUGUCCAAGGUUCGGGCUGAGUUGAGGAAUCCUCGUACUCAUGCUUAUGAAUAUGCUCGUCGAGUCUGGGGUAGGAAGCCUACAGCGGAAGAACUGGCCAACCCGGUCAAGACCGAGCCUAGUUCUUAA